AUGGACGAGGAGAAUCUGGGGUGGCGGUCGCACUGGGGCUUUAAGCUCAUCGUUGCUGCCACCAUCGUUGGGGUCGCCAUCAAUGCGUUUCCACUCAUGGGAGACUCGCUCAUCCGCCACUCAGUUGCUCUUUUAAGGGCCAAGGACCCUUUCCUCAGGCGAUCGGGAGCCUACCGUCUCGCCUUCAUUGCUUCUAAUGAUGAGACUCGCAUGAAAAUCGUGGAAGCCGGGGCCCUUCCGCACCUCUUGCUCCUCCUUGAAUCCCCCUUUCACCGGACUGAAGCUACUCCUCAUCCCACAUCCCCUCCUCUCGCCAGCGCUCCUCUAGCCCCUGUUUCUCUCGCCCCCCCUCCUCUCUCUCCUUCGGAGAGGCGCAUGGUCAAGGAAGCACUCACAUGCCUCACCCACCUGGCUCGUUCAGACACAGCAGUGCUCGCCAUGGUUGCAGCCGGCGUUGUGGCGAGACUGCAGCAGGCAGCAGUUUGCAUCAGACUCCAAGAAGGAGAUCAACCGGACGAGCUCCUAGGGCCGUUGAAUGCUCUUGUUUCCCGCCUUGUCUCUGCUGGUGCAACCACUCAGAAUGUUCUAGGCUGA